AUGAGAACUCAUACAAGAGAAAAACUCACUUGCUCUGUAUGUCAGAAAAGUUUUUAUCAUCAAAAUCAACUGAAAAAACACAUGAGAACUCAUACAGGAGAGAAGCCAUUCACUUGCUCGGUAUGUCAAAGAGGUUUUUCUGAAUUAGGUAAUCUCAGAAAACACAUGAGAUCUCACGUAGGGGACAAACGAUAUACUUGCUCUGUGUGUCAAAAAAGUUUUUAUCAACAAAGUCAACUGAAAAAACACAUGAGAACUCAUACAGGAGAGAAACCAUUUACUUGCUCGGUAUGCCAAGGAAGUUUUUCGUGGCUAAGUAACCUCAAAAGACACAUGAGAUGUCAUACAGGGGAGAAACCUUAUACUUGCUCUGUAUGCCAAAGAAGUUUUUCGCUACAGUGUAUUCUCAAAAAACACAUGAGAACUCAUACACGAGACCCCCUCAAUUUAGCACCAACUUGA